GUUCGAUAAGCAUAUCUAGUAGCUCUCAAAUAAUUGCAAUAUUAACAGCAAAAUGAAUGAAGAAGAGAUAGUAUUAACCCACCAUAUAAGAAUAUUGAACGAAAAUCUCCUCGAACCGGUUACACGAAUAAUUAAAGAACUACAAAAUAAGGAAAUGAUGGCAAUGCGGCUACCGCAUUUGGUAUUUGACAAAUGUUUGUCGGACGAUGAUUUCGCGAUAUUCGAAACUGGGGUAAAAAUGUGCAAACAUUUAACUAGUGAUGUGCCGAAACUUAGUGUGGCGUUCAAAGUUUUCUGUGAUGACUUAUUUGCAUCGUUUAACUGCAACAUUGAAAACUCUGCAAAUAAUGAAUGGGUAAGACAAAAGCGAAUGUUUUUUAAAUUCGUCGGACAGCUGUACGCCUACGAAAUUUGUACUGAGAGAAAGUUUUUAAAUGAUAUUGCAAAUUUUUUCAUGGAUGUAGGCGACGAGGUACACAUUGAGUAUCUGAAAAGUUUGGUUUUACAAACUGCUCGCCUCAAACAUGCGGGAAUGUUAUAUAACAAUACCAAAAAAAGAAUGGAGAAAAUGAGAAUCGAUGGACGCAUCAACGCAGUAAUAAGAAACUUGAUUGACGAAGCUCUUGUUGCCAUUCGAAAUAAUCACAAUUGAAGAGUACCUACAAG